AGGAUAACCGGCGGGUGCCACGGGGAAUCGCGUUCCUGCGCACGGUCUCCUGCUUUUGACGGCCAUAUUGGUCGGCUGAGAGAGUAACCACAGCCAUGCUUUCGGCAAGACUAGCAUCAGCACUGGCACGACAGCUCCCCAGAGCUGCACCUAAGGUGUGCAAACAUGCUCUGGGGGCUGGUUUUGUUGCAGCUAGAAAUGUUCACACCUCAAAACCAGCAUUUGCUGCAGGUGCUGAGGUGUCUUCCAUUCUUGAAGACCGUAUCCUUGGUCAGUCUGCAGCUGCAGAGCUGGAAGAGACAGGCAGAGUACUCUCCAUUGGUGAUGGUAUUGCUCGUGUUUAUGGUCUCAAAAAUAUUCAGGCAGAAGAGAUGGUGGAAUUCUCCAGUGGGCUGAAGGGUAUGGCCUUGAACUUGGAGCCUGACAAUGUUGGUGUUGUAGUGUUUGGUAAUGACAAGCUUAUCAAGGAGGGUGAUAUUGUGAAGAGAACAGGAGCCAUCGUGGAUGUCCCAAUUGGAGCAGAGUUGCUUGGUAGAGUUGUAGAUGCCUUGGGAAAUGCUAUUGAUGGAAAAGGAGCAAUCCCUGGUAAAAGGGCUCGAGUGGGAGUCAAAGCCCCUGGUAUCAUUCCACGUACAUCUGUGAAAGAGCCUAUGCAGACCGGUAUCAAGGCGGUAGACAGUCUUGUGCCCAUUGGCAGAGGACAGCGAGAGCUCAUCAUUGGUGACAGACAGACAGGUAAAACUGCCAUUGCCAUUGAUACCAUCAUCAACCAGAAGCGAUUCAAUGAGGGUUCAGAUGAAAAAGCCAAACUGUACUGUAUCUAUGUUGCCAUUGGACAGAAGAGAUCCACUGUCGCUCAGCUCGUCAAAAGGCUAACAGACGCUGAUGCCAUGAAGUACACCAUUGUUGUGAGCGCCACAGCCUCUGAUGCUGCACCCCUGCAGUACCUGGCUCCAUAUUCAGGCUGUGCCAUGGGAGAAUACUUCAGAGACAACGGCAUGCACGCCCUCAUCAUCUACGAUGAUUUGUCAAAACAGGCUGUUGCCUACCGUCAGAUGUCAUUGCUUCUGCGACGUCCCCCUGGUCGUGAGGCCUACCCUGGUGACGUCUUCUACCUUCACUCUCGUCUUCUGGAGAGAGCAGCCAAAAUGAAUGACGACCAUCAGGGUGGCUCCCUUACUGCUCUGCCUGUUAUUGAAACCCAGGCCGGUGAUGUGUCAGCCUACAUCCCCACAAAUGUAAUCUCCAUCACAGACGGACAGAUCUUCUUGGAGACUGAGCUCUUCUACAAGGGUAUCCGUCCCGCCAUCAACGUAGGUCUGUCUGUCAGCAGAGUAGGAUCUGCUGCUCAGACCAGGGCCAUGAAACAGGUCGCUGGUUCCAUGAAGUUGGAGUUGGCCCAGUACCGAGAGGUUGCAGCUUUCGCCCAGUUCGGUUCUGACUUGGACCAGGCCACACAGAACUUGCUCAACAGAGGAGUUCGUCUCACUGAGCUGUUGAAACAGGGACAGUAUGUACCGAUGGCCAUUGAGGAACAAGUUUCCGUCAUCUAUGCUGGAGUAAGAGGUCAUCUGGAUAAAAUAGAUCCAUCAAAAAUCACACUUUUCGAAGCUGAAUUCUUGCAACAUCUGAAGAGCAGCCACCAAGACUUGCUGAAGACCAUUGCAGUGGAUGGAAAAAUCACAGACCAGUCAGAUGAAAAACUGAAAUCAAUUGUGACAAGUUUCUUAGCCGGGUUCCAGUCUUAAUUGUGCUUGUUGCUAGGACAUCAUUCAUUGUUUGACCAGUGUAUAUUAGAUACUACCAAUUACUUAUUGGAUUACCCUGAGAUGUGUGACAGAGGCAAGACCAAGACUUAACCAAGGUGUCUGUUUAUAAGCCUAAAAAAACAAAAGUGAAGUAUGUACAGAAGUUGAAAUUCGAUUGCGUUUGCAUUUUAAAAAUAAAUGCAAAGAUACCA